GGGUCAACUCUAAUGCAUUGGAAACCAGGCGAUCCGUCGAAAGUUGGAGGCCGACCUCAACAAAAAGAGGCAUAAUCCCGCCCGUGCCAAUCGGUCUCGAAAGGCCCCUCCCGGUACCGUGCUUGCCUUGAAACCGAGCCAGGCCCUUCAGAUCAAGCCGAACACCACUAUCGCCGAAGCCGCUCAGUUGAUGGCUGCCAAGCGGGAGGACUGCGUGCUGGUUACCGACGAUGAUGAUCGAAUCUCCGGUAUCUUCACCGCGAAGGAUCUCGCUUUCCGCGUGGUGGGCACCGGACAAAAGGCGCGAGAAAUCACGGUCGCCGAGAUUAUGACGAAGAACCCGUUGUGCGCCCGGACGGACACCAGUGCUACGGAUGCCCUCGACCUGAUGGUCAGGAAGGGAUUCAGACAUUUGCCGGUUAUGGACGAGAACCAGGAUAUUUCGGGUGUCCUCGACAUCACCAAGUGCUUCUACGAUGCGAUGGAGAAAUUGGAGCGCGCCUACAGCUCGUCCCGGAAACUCUACGAUGCUCUGGAAGGUGUACAGACGGAACUCGGCUCGAGUCAGCCCCAGCAGAUCAUUCAGUACGUUGAAGCGUUGCGUUCGAAGAUGUCCGGACCUACUCUUGAGACGGUCCUGGACGGCAUGCCCCCGACCACGGUCUCAGUCCGUACGACUGUGAAGGAUGCUGCGGCCCUGAUGAAAGAGCACCACACCACCGCCCUGCUGGUGCAAGAUCAAGGAUCAAUCACUGGUAUCUUCACUAGUAAAGAUAUCGUCCUCCGUGUCAUUGCUCCCGGCAUGGACCCGGCCACCUGCAGCGUCGUUCGGGUGAUGACGCCGCACCCUGAUUUUGCUCCCAGCGACAUGAGCAUCCAAGCUGCGCUUCGCAAGAUGCAUGAUGGCCACUACCUGAACCUGCCAGUUAUGAACGAGGGUGGAGAAAUCGUGGGAAUGGUGGAUGUGUUGAAGCUUACCUAUGCUACCUUAGAACAGAUCAACUCGAUGGGAACCCAUGAUGACGAAGGUCCCGCAUGGAACAAGUUUUGGUUGUCUAUGGACCACGAGUCGGACUCGAUGGUCUCGGGCAGCCAGCAACAAACCCAUAAUCGGUCAGUGCUGAGUCCUGAGUCUCCGAAAGUUAGUUAUGACGCCCGAGACAGCGUGCUCCCGAACGAGUCGGCCUCCCACCACGGGGAUGAGCACUCGGAGUUUAUCGAACAUCAUCAUUCGGAGCUUGCGCCGUUCCCCUUCAAGUUCAAGGCACCCAGCGGUCGUGUCCACCGGGUCAACGUUCUCCAGGCAGCUGGCGUUGCUGAUCUGGUCGCUCAAGUCUCGGCUAAACUGGGCCACGAGGUAGAGGCGGUCGGAGGUGCGGCCAUCUGCGAAGACGGAAAGUUGAGCAACACAGGCUACGCUUUGAGCUACAUGGAUAACGAGGGCGACACCGUUUCGAUCACCACCGAUCAAGAUCUUGCCGAUGCCGUGACCCUUGCGCGACAAUCGCGUCGGGACAAAGUUGAUCUCUUCGUCCACGAUCCUACACAACCCCCAAUUCCCGCUACUGUGGAGCCGCAGCCUACGCCGGCCAAGCCUGUGGAAGAGAAGAUCACUCCUAUCUCCGAAGAGCCGUCGGUUGAGGAGCCCAUUGAGCCGAAGCAGCGGUCUCAGAGCUUCCAGUCGCAGCACCAGGAGGAGCAGUUUAUCGCCGGCGUUCCCAACGACCUGCUCCUACCCGGCGCGAUUGUGACGUUGGCCGCAGUCAUUGCGGGUGUGUUUGUGCUCAGUCGAGCCACUGCACGGUAAUUGAAGGAUAUAUACCCUCCGACAGGAGUCCAGGGUCCGAGGAUGGCGGAAGACAGGGAACCUUGUAUUUUUUUUUCUCUCUUCUUUUUUCGUUCGUGUCGAUUG